AUGUUGUUGCAACCGCUGGUGAUGCAUUUAAGCCAAUUGCUUCGGAUUAUAGUCGGUCAAUACUUUGCUGAAUUUCCAUCGAUUUUGAUUGUCUACAAUAACUCGGCCUCGACAACUCCUCUUCAGUUGGAGUAUUUAAGUGCUUUGGAAUUAGUUCUUCGGGAAUUGAGUAAGCCAAUUAGGCUGCAAUGGAUUAAUGUAGCAUUCUUAAAGGACUUAAACGAUCUGGAGGAUCAAGUUAUGGGUGCUUUGAAUAGCAGCGUCACAGAGGGAUUCAUUACGAUCUUAUCGCAAACGCACCACUUUAUUCACGCCCGAUACUACGCCACUCGCAAUGCAAAUGUGCGACUAAAGGAUAAGCGGUAUUUGUUCCUGUGCGAGGACGAAAGCCCUGCGGAAUUGCUCUGCAUGGAUAUACUGCAGUUCUACCCUCACCAUCUGAUGGUCCGACCUGGAACGGAAACGGCCCCAACAGGACCAACAGGACCCCAUCCAGACCCCAGGCGCGGAGGAGGCGCAUCGGUAAGCACGAAAAACAAGGACGAUGGCGAAGGAGGAGCAGGAAACAAAACCACUUCUCCCUACCGCGACAUCAAUUUCGAGCUGUGGACACAAAAGUUUGUCGGUGCCGUUGGUAAUUUGGAUGCCCUGCUCCUGGACGCAUUCUUGCCGAACGAAACUUUUGCCAACCGGGUCGAACUUUAUCCCAACAAGCUGCUCAAUCUGCAGCGCCGCAGCCUGCUCGUUGGCUCCAUUACUUAUGUCCCAUAUACGAUUACUAAUUAUGUGCCCGCUGGCCAGGGCGAUGUGGAUCCCAUACAUCCGCAGUGGCCCAAUCGGUCGCUCACCUUCGACGGCGCCGAGGCAAAUGUGAUGAAGACCUUCUGCCAGGUGCACAAUUGUCACCUGAGGGUCGAGGCCUAUGGAGCCGACAACUGGGGAGGAAUUUACGACAAUGAAUCCAGCGAUGGCAUGCUGGGGGAUAUCUACGAGCAGCGCGUGGAGAUGGCCAUUGGAUGUAUCUACAAUUGGUAUGAUGGAAUCACGGAAACCUCGCACACCAUAGCCCGUUCUUCGGUGACCAUCCUGGGUCCUGCUCCAGCCCCUCUACCCAGCUGGCGCACUAAUAUUAUGCCCUUUAAUAAUCGAGCUUGGCUGGUGCUAAUCUCAACUUUAGUGAUUUGCGGCACCUUUUUGUACUUCAUGAAGUAUGUCAGUUAUCGCCUACGGUAUUCUGGAACUCAGGUUAAGUUUCAUCAUAGCAGGAAGCUCGAGAAAUCCAUGCUGGAUAUAUUUGCUCUAUUUAUUCAGCAGCCAUCUGCUCCUCUGAGCUUUGAUCGUUUUGCCCCUCGAUUUUUCCUAGCCACAAUUUUAUGUGCCACAAUUACUUUGGAGAAUAUUUACAGUGGUCAACUCAAGUCGAUGCUGACCUUUCCCUUCUACUCCGCCCCCGUGGAUACGAUCGAGAAAUGGGCCCAGUCGGGGUGGAAGUGGUCAGCUCCAUCCAUUAUCUGGGUGCACACGGUGCAGAGUUCCGAUCUGGAAACGGAGCAGAUCCUGGCCCGGAACUUUGAGGUGCACGACUACAGUUACUUGUCGAAUGUCAGUUUCAUGCCCAAUUAUGGUUUCGGGAUCGAGCGAUUGUCUUCGGGAUCUCUUUCUGUCGGCGAUUAUGUAUCCACGGAGGCCUUGGAAAAUCGCAUUGUUUUGCACGAUGACCUGUAUUUUGAUUAUACGCGUGCUGUUUCGAUAAGAGGCUGGAUCUUAAUGCCCGAAUUGAACAAACAUAUAAGAACAUGUCAGGAAACUGGACUAUAUUUUCACUGGGAACUAGAGUUCAUUGACAAGUAUAUGGACAAGAAGAAGCAGGAAGUGCUGAUGGACCUGGCAAAUGGGCAUAAGGUCAAGGGAGCUCCCCAGGCAUUGGAUGUGCGCAACAUUGCCGGCGCCCUCUUCGUCCUGGCCUUUGGCGUCGCAUUUGCGGGUUGUGCACUGGUGGCAGAGUUGCUGAUCCACAGAAUGGAUUUAAGCAAAUAA